AUGAAGUUCUCUUACAGCCUUAAACUCUUCUGGACGGGCUUAUCAAGCCUCGGCCUUGUUAUAGGCAGCCCUCUUCAUAACAAUCUGGUUUUCCCUCGUCAGAUCAGUACAUCGGAGCUACUUCCAGAUUACGACUACAUUAUAGUGGGAGGGGGAACAGCGGGGCUCACCGUUGCAGAUCGCCUCACCGAGGAUCCUACCAUCAACGUCUUAGUUCUUGAAGCCGGUGGCUGGGGAAAUCAGACCAUGAUACUGGCAGUCCAUAUCCCUGCCGACGAAAAUUUGGAUGCGAACUACGACGCUUUUUGGCCCAAUGUAACAUCUCUACCACAGGCUAGGUUGAAUGGACGAGUUAAUCAUCUCAGAAUUGGAAUGGCUGUCGGAGGGAGUUCGGCUGUGAAUGGCAUGUAUGCAAUGCGUGGGUCUGCAGAGGACUAUGAUCGUUGGGGUGCAUUGUUCGGAACUCAGGCAGCUCACAGCGGUCCAGCCGACUGGACGUGGGAGGGAAUUUUGCCGUACUUCAAAAAGGCUCUGCGCUUUAACCCACCCAUUCCUGCGCUUGUCGAGGAAUUCGAUAGUCUCCGGUUUGAUGCCUCUUACUGGGGCAAUACUUCUGGAGUCAACGUCGGAUGGCCUACUUUUUACUGGCCUAGUAUUCCUAAAUUCAUGCAAGCAUAUGGAGAAGUCAAGGGUGUCGAGUUCCCUCCAGACAGCGGUGCCGGACAGCCAGGAGUAUAUUGGUUCCCUUCACUGGUUGAUCCGAGACUCGUACAGCGUUCCUAUGCGCGGACAGGUCAUUACAGCAACGUUAAUGAAACACGGCCAAACUAUCAUUUGCUGAUUAACACACGUGCACGGAGAGUGUUGUUGGACCACACUCGGACUGCCACUGGGGUCGAGUUCCCAGCAGAGAAUGGUCGCCUCAUCACUAUCAAUGCAGGAGAGGUGGUGAUCUCGGCGGGGGCCAUUCACACACCUCAGUUCUUGCAGCGGAGUGGCAUCGGCCCUCACAAGGUCUUGCAGGCUGCCGGUAUCGAAACUCUUGUUGACCUACCUGGGGUUGGUCAGAACUUUCAUGACCAUAGCGGAUUGAUACCGAUGAAGAUAGAACGUACGAAUCCCUCGGUGUCUUUUGAAAAGUACAUCCCUACCGCUCUCAUGGAAACUGACUGCACAAUAGUCCCAGGAUUGAAGGAUAUUCACCCAAACAAGGGUGACCUCGCGAAUAACUCCGACUUCGAAACCUAUGCCGAGACAUUAUGGGCAGCCAACAGAACUGGCCCCUAUUCAAUUGCAGCACCACAGAUCGCCGGCUGGCUGCCAUUGACCGUCACUAUGCCCGACCAGGUUGAUGCAUUGGCAAGAAGACUGGAGCAGCAAGAUUUCGCCAGCCUGUUGGCACCCAAUGCACACCCAACCGUCAUAGCUGGAUAUAAAGCACAGAUGAAGCUGUUGGCGGUUCAGAUGCGCUCUAGUGGCACGUCCUGGACGCGCGCUCAGAUUCAAGCGGAUUGGGGAAUACAGGGGCCAGUGCUAAUGCAGUCUUUCCAGCGUGGCUCUAUCAACAUCAAAGUUACUGACCCGUGGAACGCAGAGCCUAUGAUUGAUUAUAAUGCUCUCAGCAAUCCCGUCGAGGAGGAAGUCUUUCUCAACCUGAUAAAAUUCAUCCGCUACUUGAAUUACAACACAUCCCUAAACACGCUUUCUCCACACGAAGUCGUUCCUGGAACCAACGUAACUUCGGAGGCAGAUCUUAGGGCCUUCUUGCGCGCGACACUGUCCCCGAGCGACCUCCAUCCUGUAGGCUCAUGCUCUAUGUUGCCCCUAGAACUUGGCGGCUGUGUCGACCAGACACUACGAGUGUAUGGAGUCAAGAGUCUUAGAGUUGUGGACGGCAGUGUUAUACCAAUGGUCCCAAGUGCCAAUACUUGCCAACCUAUCUACGCCGUGGCUGAGAAAUUACCCGCCGCACCGAGUAAAACAGUGAAGCUAUCGCGAUCGUCUCCCAUGAGAUUGCAUGCCAACGCUUUUCGCCCCUCUCAUGUCGCGUAUGUUGAUCAAUGCGCCGCGGUCAAUCAGCUCGGUUACCAGAUCGCGGCUGCUGUCUGA